AUGUAAUUGGCAUUUGUACAUUUAACAGCACACAAAGUCAUCUCUCUGUCAAAUAACUGGAAUAUUUUCGAUUCUUCUCAAUUCGUUUUGAAAAAGAAACAUUUUGUGUGCGUACCGUACAAUAUACUUUUGUCAAAUACGCACAUUUUGAUUGAAAAUCAACUAAAUUGAGUGGAAUAGAUUGUUUUUUUAAGGCAAAAUGUUUGAACUCAUUCGUAGUGUAAUACUUUGGACAUUUUGUAGUGUCUACAGUAUUGUGAUCGUCCUUAGGCUAUGUGUGUUAUAUAUUACAAAGUUUUCAUCGCAACCAUGGAAACCAAAAGAUCGUCCCAAUGCACCGGCCGCUUUGACUGAUCCCAAAUAUGGCGUUCAUAAAUUUGCCACAGUUAAUGGAAUUCGUUUACACUACGUUGAAAGCGGAGAUCGAACCAAGCCGUUGAUGGUUUUUGUACAUGGUUUUCCAGAAUUUUGGUACUGUUGGCGACAUCAAAUUGUUGAAUUCUCCAAGGAUUAUUGGGUUGUAGCAAUUGAUAUGCGAGGCUACAAUCUCUCCGAACGGCCGAGUGAUCAGCAAAAUUACGAAAUCCAAUACAUGGUUGAUGAUUUACGUGCAUUAAUCGAAUAUCUGAAUCGAAAGAAGUUCAUUUUAGUUGCUCAUGACUGGGGCGCGUUAGUUGGCUGGGAGUUUGUUGCUCAAAACAAGCAAAUGAUAUACAAGUACGUGAUGAUGGGUGCCCCGUCUUCUCAAGUUUUCAAGAAAUUGUUCAAUUCAUCGUUGGAUCAAUUUAAAAAAUCAUGGUACAUAUUACUCUUUCAAAUGCCAAUUUUGCCCGAGCUAAUGUUGUCAUCCGAUGACUUUGCUGGAUUUGCGGCUGUAUUUAAUGAAUUUUUCAAUGCCGAUGAUUUGGAGGCUUACAAAUACACCUUCUCCAAACCGGGCACAUUAUCGGCUGGCAUAAAUUACUAUCGUGCAAACUUUGGUGGCGCGUCAAAAGUACAAAAAUCGGAUGAAUUAGACGGUACAGAUGGAAUGUUCGUAUUGGGUGAAUAUGAACGAUAUAUUUCAAUGGAUGCAAUUGCGUUAACAGCCAAAAGGUAUCCGAAAAUUCGUGUCGAAAUCGUGAAAGAUGCCAAUCAUUUUCUGCAGCAACAUCAAUCGCACGCCGUAAACGAAUUGUUAAGAGAAUUUCUCGGUUCACCCGCUGAUUGUUCAGUUGAAGCACUCAUAUAAUCGUCCAGUUUUUGACUGAAAUAUAAACAACACAUGGACAACACAGCAAAGAAAAAGACUCGGGAUUUGAUUCAAGAAAAAAAUGUUAUUUAUUUUCGUUACUUUUCUUUUUUUUUGUUUGUUUUGGGCAUUCUUUUUUUUUUUUGUUUUUAUCUCUUUCUUUUUUAAACUCUUUUUUUUUGCCAAUCACUACAAUGGACAUGCACGCUAUAGGUGUGCUGUUCAUCCAUUUGAAUAAGUUAGAAUUUGUCAUUUAUUGUUUCUGCUCUAGAUGAAUACUACGGAUGCACCAGGCCAUUCAUUUUUUUCAUCAUCAUAUUCCUCUUCUUCUUUCAAUUCGAAAAUGAAUGACGCCGAUUUGCAUACAACUCUUGUUUUCUUUUACACAUAUUCAAAACAAAAAGACAAACAUUAUGCAAACAAAGCAUGUUGUAUUGUGUUGUUGUGAUAUUGACUGUAACACAUUUCAAUUAUUGAUCAAAUUGACACACGUCGAAAUUAAGUAAACAUAUUAUGAAGAAAAUUAUCGAGAGAACAUAGAAAUCAAUGUAAUUUUCCUUACUCUAUUAAGGUCUUAAGGCAUUCGUUUAUAUCGUUUUCAUUUUGACGACUCCAACUAUUUUUUUUUAAACAUUCGCAAGAAAAUAUCAAAUUAUAAAUCGUGUCAGUUCUUAUUCCAUCGCUUAGUUGAUAUUGCAAUAUUUAGCACGGCAAUCAUUUUAAAUGAGAGAGGCAAAUUGACAGAAAAAGAGGGAAAAAAUUGUUUGGCUCGGUUUAAUUAUUCAUAAAAGUAUUAAUGUGUCACAUAGUGUAAUAAAUGCUGUUUCUAAAUAUUCUCA